AUGCUGAGGCUGAUUUUCCUGGCCGCGCUCGCCGGUCUCUCACGAGCAAGCGACGUGCUCGAAUACACCGACGCUGACUUUGACAGCAGCAUUGAAGACCAAGAACUCAUCCUUGUGGAAUUUUACGCCCCGUGGUGUGGUCAUUGUAAACGUCUCGCUCCCGAGUACGAGGCUGCGGCUACGCGACUGAAAGGCAUCGUCCCCCUGGCUAAGGUUGACUGCACAGCUAACAGCCAGGUCUGUAGUAAAUAUGGUGUCAGCGGGUACCCCACUCUGAAAAUCUUCAGGGCCGGAGAGGUAUCUGGGCCUUACGAUGGACCCAGAUCUGCAGAUGGCAUUGUGAGUUUCCUGAAAAAGCAGGCCGGACCCGCCUCUGUGGAGAUCGCCGAUGAGGAGGCAUUCCAGAAGUUUGUCGCAGAUAAAGACGCCAGCGUUGUUGGCUUCUUUGCUGACAGCCAAAGCACAGCGUAUGCAGAGUUUCAGAAGGCUGCAAGCGACCUGAGGGAGAAUUACCGCUUCGGCCACACCAGCAUAGAGGCGCUCCUAAAGAGUCAAGGCGUAGAUGGAGAGGGUGUCAUCCUAUUCCGCCCACCAAGACUCAGCAACAAGUUUGAAGACAGUUCGGUCAAGUUCAGCGAGGGGUCGUUAACAAAAAACAAAAUCAAGACAUUUAUUAAGGAGAAUGUUUUUGGAAUCUGCCCCCACAUGACUGAUGACAACAAAGACCAGCUGAGGGGAAAAGACCUGAUGGUGGCCUACUAUGAUGUGGAUUAUGACAAAAAUCCCAAGGGUUCCAACUACUGGAGGAAUAGAGUGAUGAAGGUCGCCAAGAGCUUUGUAGACCAGGGCAAGAAGCUCAGCUUCGCCGUGGCUAACAAGCUGUCGUUCAGUCACGACUUGUCUGAGUUUGGUCUGGAUAGCGCCACUGGAGAGCUCCCCCUGGUGGCCUUACGCACUGUCAGUGGUGACAAAUACGUCAUGACCGAGGAGUUUACUCGUGACGGAAAAGCGCUCGAGAAGUUCUUGCAGGAUUACUUUGACGGCAAACUGAAGCGUUACCUGAAGUCUGAGCCUAUCCCGGAGAACAACGACGGACCCGUAAAGGUUUUGGUGGCCGAGAACUUCGAUUCCAUCGUUAACGACGACAGCAAAGACGUGCUUGUCGAGUUCUACGCCCCGUGGUGCGGACACUGCAAGAGCCUGGAGCCCAAAUACACGGAGCUUGGAGAGAAACUUGCCAACGAUCCCAAUGUAAUCAUCGCUAAGAUGGACGCCACGGCGAAUGACGUGCCCUCGCCUUAUGAAGUCAGCGGAUUCCCAACAAUCUACUUUUCACCAGCUGGUAGUAAGAUGAACCCAAAGAAGUAUGACGGAGGUCGUGAGGUUAAAGACUUUAUUUCCUACCUGAAGAAGGAGGCGUCCAACCCCUUGGUGAUGCAGGAGGAAACCAAGAAGAAAAAGAAGAGGGGCGGUGAUGAUGGUGACCUAUAA